UAGUAGCUCUGCGAGCGCGCGUCUCUUUCAGCACUUCACAGAGCAGUGCGUGAACGCGCUGGAGGUUGUAUCUGUUCGAGCGGUUCAAGCCCAGUAGGGGACUGGAUGCGGAUUCCAUGCUUAAGUUUUCCGGUCUGUUUUCAUGAGAGUUAUCGACUUCCUGACUCUGGCACAGGAUUCUUCGCGAACAAUGACAUCAGGCUCAAGCCCGUACCUAUCCGUUGGCUCGUCAGCCUUCCCUCGAGUAUUCGGGCUUUUGGAUGCAGUCUGCAGCGAAGCCGCGGAAUCACUGGGAACGUUGUCCAGUGCUGGAGUACAAUUGGAAGGCGAGAGCUACUACAUUGCUUUUGCAAGGGUUCGCGAUGUCUGUCGGGACCUGCGGACUGACUGGAUGGAGCAAGUCAUGUAGUGUCAAGCUCAACGCGAAAGGGAACACAUUACCGCAUUGCUCAUAUCGGAUCGUUAGACACAUUUACACUUCCUUGCACCACCUGUACCGGUGCGGUCAUCUCUCUGUCAAGCCGCGGUCAGAUGGGUGCGACGAAGGCAUCAGAAACCGUUCGUUUAUUAAGGUGGCCGACCGUGUCGACCCAAGCCUCCGCGCUGUCUCACGACAGUGCGUCAUCAAAUUGCAUCAUGUUUCGUUGGUGCUUACAACGACAUGGACACUUCCGGCUCAAGGUUGCUCGAGAAUUGCUACAUUCUGUCUGCCCAAGUGCUCUUCCUUCACGACUUGUGCCUCACCACCUCAAACCCACCAUGGACCAACCGCGAGUGGAGAAGAUGGACAGGAUCGACAGCGGCAUGCCCUCAAACGCGUACCGCAAACUAGCUGAAAGACUCCCGAGACGACAUGGCAAAUUAUGCAUGACUCCCUAAUCAUACUCUCAUUUGGGAUAAUUAGUCCUCACGGACAUAAUGUCCACUAAUGAUGACACAGUGUGAUGACAUUAUCCCAAGUAGACAUACUGGCAAAUCAUUUGUAAACAUGGUGUGUAUACUUAGACAUACAAUGGCCUACUAUAUAGCUAUGACAUAUACACUUCAGUGCUGAUCAGAGUGAGACCUCUGUAUGCAGCACAAGCAUGCAAUGAGGUCCUCAGGC